UCCAACGGGCCGGCUUCUCUCUCUUUGGUACAUCACCGAAAAGGAAAAUUAGGGGAAAAAGAAAGAAAGAAAUCUAAUGUUAUCUCUAUUUUAUUCUCUCUCUGUCUCUCUCUCUCUCUCCCCACCAUUCUAGGUCUCUACUACUAAUAGAACAACAGUUCAACCAGCUCAACUAGUUACAAACUUUCACUAGACCAACUUAGGGAAAUUCUUCUUUACACUCUCUCUUCAAAAUCACCAUCAUCACCAUCAUCGUCACCAACGACGACAACAUCAACAACAUGGGAAGGUCUCCUUGCUGUGAGAAGGCUCACACAAACAAAGGCGCAUGGACCAAGGAGGAGGAUGACAAGCUCAUCGCCUACAUAAGAGCGCACGGCGAGGGCUGCUGGCGGUCGCUCCCGAAGGCCGCCGGCCUCCUCCGCUGCGGCAAGAGCUGCCGCCUCCGGUGGAUCAAUUACCUGCGGCCCGACCUCAAGCGGGGCAACUUCACCGAAGAAGAGGAUGAGAUCAUCAUCAAACUACACAGCCUUCUUGGUAACAAAUGGUCGCUCAUUGCUGGGAGGUUGCCAGGGAGGACGGACAACGAGAUCAAGAACUACUGGAACACGCACAUAAGGAGGAAGCUUAUGAACCGAGGCAUCGAUCCGGCCACUCACAGGCCGAUCAAUGAGCCCGCACAAGAUCACCAUGACGAGCCCACCAUUUCUUUUGCUGCUAAUUCCAAGGAGAUCAAAGAGAUGAAGAACAGCGCUGAGCUCAGUUUCGUGUGCAACUUAGAAGAGUCGACAGACGCGACAUCUUCGGCUCGAGAAAGGUGUCCCGACUUGAAUCUUGAGCUCAGAAUCAGCCCUCCUUCUCAUCAACAGCAUCAGCCUGAGCCAAUAUUGAGAUUCACAGGUAGGAAAAGUGAUUUGUGUCUUGAGUGCAAUCUGGGGUUGAAAAAUAGCCAAGAUUGCAGUUGUGGUAUCGGAGUGAUCGAGAGCGAAACUAGCGUUGGGUAUGACUUCUUGGGCUUGAAGGCUGGUGUUUUGGAUUAUAGGAGCUGAGUUGUGGUGAAGAAGAUGGAUCAUUGUGCAGUGAAGGGAUGAGAAAGAGAUUGUUAUUAGUUGAAAUCUCUUUAUUAAUUUUUGUUGCUUCUCUCUC